CGGCAUAGCCGUCGGUCAUGUUCCCUUUCGGGCCCAGCAGCCCCAUCGGGGCUGAGGCGGACGAGCUAGCCGGGGACGAGCUGGGCUUCGUGAGCCAAAGCGAGGAGCGGUCGCACGAGGGGAGUGGAGCUGCGGCCGGGCCUGCCUUUUCUCCUUCCUCGCCGCAGCCCAGCGACCCCUCCUCCAGCCCUCCCCGCGACCCCCGAGAUCCUCGCACGCCUUUUCUGUCCAUGCCCGACAGCCCACCGGUGGCGGGGCCCUCGGGCUUGUCUGCGGGGCCCUCGGGCUUGACUGCGGGGCCCUCGGGCUUGUCUGCGGGGCCCUCGGGCUUGUCUGCGGGGCCCUCGGGCUUGACUGCGGGACCCUCGGGCUUGUCUGCGGGGCCCUCGGGCUUGUCUGCGGGGCCCUCGGGCUUGUCUGCGGGGCCCUCGGGCUUGACUGCGGGACCCUCGGGCUUGUCUGCGGGGCCCUCGGGCUUGGCAGGGCCCUCGGGCUGGUCUGCGGGGCCCUCGGGCUUGUCUGCCGGGCCCUCGGGCUGGUCUGCCGGGCCCUCGGGCUUAGCGGGGCCCUCGGGCUUGUCUGCGGGGCCCUCGGGCUUGUCUGCGGGGCCCUCGGGCUUGUCUGCGGGGCCCUCGGGCUUGUCUGCCGGGCCCUCGGGCUUGUCUGCCGGGCCCUCGGGCUUGUCUGCCGGGCCCUCGGGCUGGUCGGCGGGGCCCUCGGGCUUGUCUGCGGGGCCCUCGGGCUUGUCUGCCGGGCCCUCGGGCUGGUCGGCGGGGCCCUCGGGCUGGUCGGCGGGGCCUUCGGGCUUGUCGGCGGGGCCCUCGGGCUUAGCGGGGCGCUCGGGGUGGUCGGCGGGGCCUUCGGGCUUGUCGGCGGGGCCCUCGGGUUUGGCGGGGCCCUCGGGGUGGUCAGCGGGGUCCUCGGGGUGGUCGGCGGCGCGCGCGGGGGAGCUCGCGGCCGGGGCCAAGGGCGAGCCGAGCCCCGGGUCCCCGCGUGCCCCCCUUAUCCCCUCCCCCCCGGACUCCCCCACCGCCCACUCCACGGCCGCCGCCGUCGCAGCCUGCCCCUCCGCCUUCACCUUCUUCUCUAGUCGCGUCGCCGCCGCCGCCGCCUCAGACUCCGGGUCCCCGGAGCCCAAGCGCGGGGGGGCCGGGCCGACAGGGCGCCCUGUCGGCAUCCCCCUCUUCCGCUGGCUGAAGACCCGCAGCCUGGGCCGGGGGCUGUACGUGGACCCAGCCCGCGACAACUUCCGCACCAUGACCAGUCUGUACAGCUCCAUCCACCCGGCGGACUCGGUAUACCUCAGCACCCGCACCCACGGAGCCGUCUUCAACCUGGAGUACUCCCCCGAUGGGUCAGUGUUGACAGUUGCUUGUGAACAGACUGAAGUUCUUCUUUUUGACCCCAUAUCUUCAAAGCAUAUAAAAACGCUUUCUGAAGCUCAUGAAGACUGUGUAAAUAAUAUCAGGUUUUUGGAUAACAGACUGUUUGCAACAUGUUCUGAUGACACUACAAUAGCCCUUUGGGAUCUGAGAAAAUUAAACUCAAAAGUGUGCACUUUACAUGGUCACACUAGCUGGGUGAAGAACAUUGAAUAUGACACUAAUACAAGACUCUUAGUUACAUCAGGAUUCGAUGGAAAUGUCAUCAUUUGGGACACUAACAGGUGCACAGAAGAUGGAUGCCCACACAAGAAAUUCUUUCAUACACGUUUUCUUAUGCGGAUGAGGUUAACUCCAGACUGUUCCAAAAUGCUGAUUUCAACUUCUUCCGGUUAUCUUCUGAUUUUACAUGAUCUUGACUUAACAAAAUCUUUAGAGGUUGGAAGCUAUCCAAUUUUGAGGGCAAGAAGAACUACAUCAACUUCAGAUGCGGCUACUUCUCCAAGUUCAUCUGCUCCUAGACCUUCUGGUUCACCUUGUCAUCAUAGUGAGUCUAGCUCAAGUUCAUUACCUGAGAAGAAUGCAUCACGAUCCUCUCAACGAGAAGGUGUGUCACCUCGUAAUAGUCUUGAAGUUUUAACACCAGAAGUUCCUGGUGAGAGGGACCGUGGUAACUGCAUUACAUCUUUGCAGUUACAUCCUAAGGGUUGGGCUACCCUUCUGCGAUGUUCUAGUAAUACAGAUGAUCAAGAGUGGACCUGUGUCUAUGAAUUUCAAGAAGGGGCUCCAGUACGACCCGUCUCACCUCGUUGUUCUCUAAGAUUGACUCACUAUAUUGAGGAAGCUAAUGUAGGCAGGGGGUACAUCAAAGAACUUUGUUUCAGCCCUGAUGGUCGAAUGAUUUCUUCCCCACAUGGCUAUGGGAUCCGCUUGUUGGGAUUUGACACCCAGUGCAAUGAACUUGUUGACUGCUUACCCCAAGAAGCUAGUCCCUUGCAGGAGAUUCGUUCUCUCUAUUCUCACAAUGAUGUGGUUCUGACAACCAAGUUCUCUCCCACACAUUGUCAGAUUGCCUCAGGGUGCCUUAGUGGACGUGUUUCUUUGUAUCAGCCAAAGUUUUAGGCACAACUGACAUCAAAAAAGGAACUCUUCUGGUGUUCGACUUUUAAAUUACUUCAGUUUAGGUGAAGUAUUUUCUGUAUCGAUCUUGUAAGCGUGGUUUGAGAUCCUCGUUCCUAGGGGUCCAUGAACAUCCUAACAAUGACAUAGGAGUACACAGUCUAGCACUGGAUGUUUGAUACUGCAUCUCUAAGUCAGACUCUAUGCAUUGUCUUUCCUCUUCAGCAUUCCUCUGCUCCUGCUGAUCCUGUGCCAUUGUUCUCUGGUUAUGUUGCACAGUAGCUCUUGUCAGGGUUUUUCUUUGGGUGUGACUCUUUGUAGACAUUGGGCAGGAUUUUUGGUUGGGGUAGAAGGAAACUCGUCCUAGUACUGAAUAAAACCUAGAAGUUCGAUGUUGGCAUAUUGAUUGUUACAAGUGAAAUUUUAUCUUGUCCAUUCAUUUGGCCCUUUUAAAUUGCCAUUUCACUACAAAGACUAUAUAAUGAAAAUGUUCUCGUACAUAUUAGAUUAGAUUUUACCAUAAUGACCUUUGAAGUUUAUUAAAAUUGCUAUACUAGUUUUCACAACAUGAGGGAUUUUGUUUAUUGUAAAAUACUAGAAAAAUGUUGUCAUGUCUCUGUAAUUUGUUUCCUUUGUGUGAAGUUAAAUUGCUAGUUUCCUUACUGUGUAUACUUGUUUUUAUUGACAGCUCUGAGAAGUGAAGAAAGGGACUUUUCUUUUUCCUGUGGUGCAAAAAAAAAAAAAAAAAGGUUCUGCUGGCUUAGCCGAAUGCAUUUAUUAUUGAGUGAUGGGAGAAGCAUCAUUUAGAUACUUGUGUCAUCUUCUUUGCUGCAAUCUCUAUAUAGUGUAGUACCAAUUGUUAUACUGCCUGGGGCAAACCAGUGAGGAAAGGUGCCCUCUCUUACUCUGCUUUCUCCCCUUAUUCCCAUUGGGAAAAAUUGUGUGUAAGAAUACUGAGUUCUUUGGGAACUCUUAAUUUGUUUCAUUAGUGUUGUAUUUGUUAGUUGAGAACUUCAGCACUAUUUCCAAGUUAUAAUUGUCUAGUUAUAUGAUUGAUAUUGUGACUGUAUUGAAUGAAAUGUAAUAUAAGAGCACAUACUGAAUAGGUUUCAUAUUUAAACCAGGGCUGGAAAUCCUUUUUUUCUCCUUUUCCUUCCUUUUUUAAAAAUUUUUUUUAUCAUGGGUCUGAAAAUCAUUGGCCUACAAGCAACAAUCACAGGCCAUACUUAAGAAAUGACAAUUAUUCACAGGCUGCCAUGCCAGUGCAAACAUCCUCCCACCCACUGUUAUUGCUAAGUAACUAUCAUUGGUACUUGCAUGUAUUAAAAUAUUACUUUUCGUAGAUCUAUAUUUGUAGAAUACUUGUGAAGAGUUAGAUUAUAAAUUAAGUAGUAGCUCAGGCCUAGCUCUUGGACCAGAGAUCACAUAUCCCAGCUUAGGCAGUAAACGUCAAAACUAUAAAAAUAUUGAUAUAAUUAUACCAAAUGAAGCCAGUUUUAAGCCAGUUUUAAAACCUGUUGAACCAAUCGGAUUCUAAGAAUUUCAUUCAUAAGGAGAAAAGGGUAUUUUUUUGUAUUUUAGUAUUUCAGUAAUCAACAUAUGUGACAUUUCUUAAUAAGCCCUCAUAGCCAAUCAUUCAAAUGUACAAACGUGUGCCUCAUUUUAGCCAGUAGAUACAUUCCUCAUACAUUGGGGAAAUUUAUGUCCACUCAGUCAUUUUCUUGCUGAUUUGUAUUGUACAAUUCAGAAAUGCUUUUCUAUAGAAAAGUGUUGCCACAAGACAUAAUAAAAACUACUCUUGUGCAUGCAGAGAACCUCUUUAUGUAAUAUAUUUAGAGAAAAAUAAUUUCCUUGGGCAGAGGCCCUCAAACAAUGCUACUAGCCAAAAUGAAGCCACAAAAUGCAAUUUAUUACAUGGAAACUUUAAAUACAAUACCACAAAUUGUGUUCUCUUAGGGGCAAAUUCGUCUAAGAGAGAGCUGUCAAGUCAUGUUCUUGGCCUUUUGCAAUUCAUUCAUUGACUCCCUUGGUACAGGUAAUUAUUGGUUUUUAAGAACUGAAGGGUUUUGAGACUUGAAAGGUUUUUGUCUUAGGGUGGAUGGAUAGUGGCUGUUAGUGACUAUCAAACUAUUUAGUAUCAUUGGAAGUUUGUUAUGGAAAGUGUUGGCAUAAUUUUCUGCAUGGGUGGGGCAUCAGGUACUCAUUAAAGGCUCUUCUCUUAUUCCACAUGUAGCAAAUUAAUUUUUCUUUAAUUGGAACACAGUUUCCUAACAGAAAUGCCUCAAGGAAUAAGCAGAUGUUAUAUAAUGAAAAUGGAGUGGAGAUAAGCCCCAAAUGAAAAAUUAAAAUUUUAAGAACUGCUUAGACUCUGUAGAUCCUAAAUUUUGUUAAUAAUGUUCUGUAAUGACUGCACAGUAACCAGCAUGUAUUAAGUAGAAAAAGAAAACAGCAUAAGGAGUAUGUUGUACUUUACCUGAAGCAAUGACCUUUUUUAUUUCUAUAAUUUCUAUUUCAAGUUAAUUUUUUUCAAAUUAGUUACAUCUUAUAGUAAUAAAAAUUCAAUCUGUUGUUAUUUCAUGUAAAAUCUAGUCAUUUUUAUUCAUAAUAGGUUGUAAAACUUGAAGGUAUAUUGAGCAGUAUUCCACUUUUAAAGAGCUUCUAAGCCCCCAUCAGCUUACUUAAGUCAUGAUAUAUUGUAUAGUCUUUUAAGAGAACAGAACUUUUGAUCUUUGUUGGGGGUCCUGAGCAUAAACAAAUGUAUACAUAAGUGCAUUCAGGGGUAGAGUGGGUGGCAAAUUCAGUUUUAGUAUGUUUAAGUAUAUGUAACAUUUAACCUAAGGUGCUAAAGGACUUCUUUCAUUUGUUCUCACCAUUUCCCUGGGAAAGGUACAAAUAUUACUUGAUUACAUUGUUACCACUAUUAGGGGGACAAGUAGAAAAAGGUUGUUAAACUAGUUGUUCAUUGGUAGAUUUUAUUCUGGGAAAUAGAUCUUUUUUUUUCCCCACUUGGUUUUUUCCUCUAGAACAGAUAAUAAAGGAGGUACAGAAACAUUCUUAAUAGUUGAUGACAAUCAAAUAUUUAUGAACUAACAAUAAAUGAUGUGUAAAAUAAUGUA